CUCUAACCGUGCCAGCAUCCAAAACUUUUACUAUCUAUUGCGGAAUGUGACCCAUGUUCGCAAUGACGUCAUUGCUUUUGUCAUAUGACGUCAUUGUUCACGUGUUUUUUUUUGCUCUUUCGUUGGCUUCCCGAGCCGUUCAAAGCGGACAGAUUGAUAUAAACAUAAAUGUGAAAUCGGAAGAAUCUUACUGCUUGGGUACUGGUGGAUAUGCUCUGCAAGCAAACGGAGAUGAAGCGCGCUUCUCUACUAACACUCACAUAUAAGAGCGGAAAAGAGAGUGGCCCUUUUAUGGACAGCAUAGCAAGCAUCCUGCGUCAAUUUCUCCUCCGAUAGACACACAGCAAAAUGUGAGGAUAAUUCACACUCUCCGCAUUGUAUAAACACUGGACACUGUGCUAUUGUUUCUCAUUAUUGAGUCGAAUUGUUAUUACAACUUAUUCAAUUCAUAAUUAAAACCCCUUUGUAUUUUUAGAAGGAAAAUUUCGAUACCACGGACUGUGCACGAUAUUUUAUUUUAAAAAAUAAUGUAAACUUUUAGUGUAAAAUAAAUUGAAAGUGCUUCAGUGACUCCUAAUGAAUAACCUAAAGGUUGUCCCACCAAAGGUAUUGAUACGUAGAUUGGGUUUAUCAGUAACAAAACUGCAGUAUGAUAAGUAAGCUUUGGUAUCCCCACUGGAGUAUGAUAUCGACCUGAAACAAUACCUUAGGUCUUUCAAAUUUUGGCACAUCUACUACUCUUUAUUCAACUCUGACAACCAAUGCGGCGAUACAUUAAUAAACUUAACAUCCUAUUAUGAUUUCCAACAAUUACUUAGAAGUAAACCGGCAUAAAUAUUUCGUUAACUCGAGUAAUUGAGCAAUAAAUAUGGUAUAAUAAACAUAACUUAGUGUAUAAGGGUAAUUGUAGUCACCUAGUAAGUAGAUGCAUUCCUGUACCGGUUCCAAAGAGCACCAGCGGCUAAUAGCAUUUACUCAACAACUUGAAGUAGCCUACAUGAGAGCAUACUUUACACCAAACAAUGGUGAGAAUAUAGUAACCGUUCAGUAUAUUUAGAAGGCUCAUUUGAUAUGUACCGUCGUGUAUGUGUCUGUGUCUAUAUAUGUGUGUCUGAGGGAGAGAGAGACAGAGAGAUAGAAAUGAGCAUGAGAAAUUCUGCAUCAACGUAUAUACGUAAACGCGAUGAAACGCAGCGCGGUGUGAGUAUGUGUAAAAUUUUAUUGUUUUCUUGCUUCAAGAUUACACACUUCUCUGACCGAGUAACAUCCGAAUACUAAACGCUGGCUAAAGAGAUCCAGUAUGAGAUUGAACUCGCUGUGAAGCGGUUGUGGUGCAUGCGAGUACUAAGUGUAACGCGGUGCUUUUGUGCUUGACUUCCAUCUGAGAUCUCGCUCUGACCGAUACCGAACCGACUGUUUCCGUGCCCUAGUGUGCAGGUAUCCGUGUGGCAGAAAACGUCCUUAACGAACCACUAGAGUGUGUGCCGCAGUCAAAAGUCAAAUCGUGUGAAAAAAAACUUUUGAUGCGUGAUUUUGGACAUCAGUGUAAACGGUGUAAAGCAUCAACACUUGGCGUAUAGCUAGUGCAACGAAACGAUUGCUUCCCGUGUCCUUUUCUUUGUGAGUGGAUUUGUGUGAUCCGUGUGCGUGUGUGUAACACAUCAUUAACCGUAUUGUGACAAAGUGUUCAACAGCAAACAUUAGCAGCUUGGCUACUGCAAGAAGUGAAAGUACACAAAACUUACAGUGCUGCGUACGAAGUUACUGAGCAUAAUUCUUACGCCGUACAGAAUUUUGAAGGUGCCGGAACAAAAAGUAAAAAAAAAAAUAAUAUAAAAAAUAACCUUCCGGAUAUAGCUGCACCCAUCAACGGUGCGUGUAGGUGAGUUUGGUGACGUGUAGUUUUGAGUAUUCAGAAGUUCGGGCAGAUUGUGUGUUUGUGUGUUAGCGAUUAGUGUUUUUGCUUGAAGCUGCAGAAAAAUUUACACGGCACCGUUCGAGUUGCAUUAGAUGAGCAACGCUAGUGGAUUGUUCUAGUGGAUUCAUAAUACUAAGCACUCUCCACCAAUACCGAUGGAGAUCCGAGGGCUGCUGAUGGGUAGACUACGGUUAGGGCGACGGAUGGUACCGUUGGGGCUGCUGUGUAUCACCACGCUACUUCUACUGUUGCCGCCUUCCGCGAUCGUGCAGGGACGGCAUCACGAACUCAACAAUGGGGCCGCCAUCGGUUCACAUCAGCUGUCCGGUGCCGGCGCAGGCCUUUCCUCCCAGUCCGCCCAGUCCGGAUCACUCGCGUCCGGUGUGAUAUCGUCCGCACCGGCUGCCGGCGUGUCCUCAUCCUCGUCGUUAGCAUCGUCGGGCGAGGAAGACGUGGCACGGAUUACGCUCAGUAAAGAUGCAGAUGCAUUUUUUACACCAUAUAUAGGUCACGGUGAGUCCGUACGAAUUAUAGAUCCCGAGUUGGGCACGCUCGAGCGCGAGCAUGUCCACAGUGGCGCAACACCGCGACGGCGCGGUCUGACGAGGCGUGAAUCAAACUCGGACGCUAACGAUAAUGAUCCGCUGGUAGUUAACACCGACAAGGGUCGUAUUCGCGGCAUCACCGUGGAAGCACCGAGCGGCAAAAAGGUAGAUGUGUGGCUUGGCAUUCCCUACGCACAGCCACCGGUUGGGCCGCUACGAUUCCGUCAUCCCCGACCGGCCGAAAAGUGGAAUGGUGUGCUUAAUGCCACCACACCGCCCAACAGCUGCGUACAGAUCGUGGACACCGUGUUCGGUGACUUUCCGGGUGCGACCAUGUGGAACCCGAACACACCACUGUCGGAGGACUGUCUGUACAUUAAUGUGGUAGCACCACGACCGCGACCGAAGAAUGCUGCCGUUAUGCUGUGGAUCUUUGGCGGUGGAUUUUACUCCGGUACCGCUACGCUCGAUGUGUACGAUCACCGUGCGCUCGCAUCGGAGGAGAACGUGAUCGUCGUCUCGCUACAGUACCGGGUAGCUAGUUUGGGUUUCCUGUUUCUCGGCACACCGGAAGCGCCGGGCAAUGCGGGACUGUUCGAUCAGAACCUUGCACUACGCUGGGUACGGGACAACAUUCACAGGUUCGGUGGUGAUCCGUCGCGUGUAACACUGUUCGGGGAGAGUGCCGGUGCGGUAUCCGUUUCGCUUCAUCUGCUGUCCGCACUUUCGCGUGAUCUGUUCCAGCGUGCCAUACUUCAGAGCGGUUCACCGACGGCACCAUGGGCGCUUGUAUCACGCGAAGAAGCUACUCUCAGAGCGCUACGACUUGCGGAAGCGGUCGGAUGUCCGCACGAACCAAGCAAACUAAGCGAUGCGGUCGAAUGUCUCCGUGGCAAAGAUCCGCACGUGCUGGUUAACAACGAAUGGGGCACGCUCGGUAUAUGCGAGUUCCCGUUCGUACCGGUCGUCGAUGGUGCAUUCCUGGAUGAAACGCCCCAACGUUCGCUGGCUAGUGGGCGCUUCAAAAAGACGGAAAUUCUCACCGGCAGCAAUACGGAGGAAGGUUACUACUUUAUCAUCUACUACCUAACGGAGCUGCUGCGCAAGGAGGAAGGCGUAACCGUGUCGCGGGAAGAGUUUCUUCAAGCGGUGCGCGAACUCAACCCGUACGUUAACGGUGCAGCCCGACAGGCGAUCGUGUUCGAGUACACGGACUGGACCGAGCCGGACAACCCGAACAGCAACCGUGACGCGCUCGACAAAAUGGUGGGCGACUAUCAUUUCACCUGCAACGUGAACGAGUUCGCCCAGCGGUACGCCGAGGAGGGCAACAAUGUAUACAUGUACCUGUACACGCACCGAAGCAAAGGCAACCCAUGGCCACGCUGGACGGGCGUUAUGCACGGUGAUGAGAUUAACUAUGUGUUCGGGGAACCGCUCAAUCCCAGCCUCGGCUACACCGAGGACGAGAAAGACUUUAGCCGGAAGAUCAUGCGAUACUGGUCAAACUUUGCCAAAACGGGCAAUCCAAACCCCAACACGGCUAGUAGCGAAUUUCCCGAAUGGCCGAAACAUACGGCCCACGGACGGCACUAUCUGGAGCUGGGCCUCAACACGUCCUUCGUCGGACGGGGUCCCCGGUUGAGGCAGUGUGCCUUCUGGAAGAAAUAUCUUCCCCAGCUAGUUGCAGCUACCUCUAACAUUGGAGGUGAACCACUACCAAGUGCACCGUGCGAAAGCAGCGCAUUUUUUUACCGACCUGAUCUGGUUGUGCUGCUAGUGUCACUGCUUACAGUUACGGUCAGAUUCAUACAAUAAUUACUACUCCACCCCCCAUCCAUGGCCUAGUUCGUUUAAGCUUUAAGAUAGUGAGGAACAAAUUUUUCCUAAAACCAUUUGCCCUUUAGAGAGCAGAGGCGACGAAGAUGCAGUAGGAAUACAUAAGAAAGAAAAAAUGCGAUGUUGAGAAAUGAAAUGAAAAGAAACCCCAUGUGGGGAAAGAAGGGGCAAAAGAAGUGCCACAAACCGAUGAACGGAACAGCAAACAGUUAAAAACAAGGGUAAAAACCAGAGUAGUAAAGCAACAGCAACUAAAACACACAACUUUCUUAUGGCAAUUAAAGAAACUAAUGAAGCAAAUAACAAAACAGACAAAAACCAACAAAAAAAGAAGCGAACCGAUCAAAUGGGUGGAUCACUUGUAUCCUUACGAACAUACCGGGGUGCAUCGGAAAAGCCAAUACACGCCAACCACAGUAAUACUUCUUUAUAUCUUUACACAUGAUGCACACACACACACACACACAGACACACGAUACAGCAGCGCCGUUUGUAGCAGGAUCUACUGACCGGGCCAGAUUUGGUACGGUGGCACACUAACACCAUGAACUAACACCGGAACAAUAAACAGAACAAUGUUAAACUUAAAUAUAUAUAGAUACAUAUAUACACACAUAUAUACGCAAAAAAAAAUACUAUUUCCUCAUAUUCUUACACAUUCCUUUUGUCCGUUGCUUACACUACUGAGGGUAUGAAUUUGUUCCGUAACGCUUAGUAACACGUUAUCAGGUCAGGCGGAAACGGUCGUUACCAGGCCAGCCGAGAGGAGGGCUAGCAGAAAGCACACAGCCAAAUUCCCACGUAUCUGUCGAUGAGCGAAGAUCAACCAGCUGUCCACCCAUCCUGUGACACAUCUUUCUUCACCUACUUCAAAACUUCUUUCCUUAGACCAACCAACAAACCAAAAACCAAAACAAAAUACUAUUUAAUGUUAGUAAAUAGUACGGCUACGUUGUACGGGAAUGGGUUUUAUUUUUGCUACCACAGGUCAGCAAAACCGAAAUGAAUUACAUUGCAAACCAUUCUAAAAAGAGAAGUGAAGGCCAUUUACAUAAAGCGCAAACAAAAUUUUCAAAAUAAGAACAAACAAAAACGCAAACAAACAAAUUUACAAAGAGCCUUGGAUUAUAUCUCAAGCCUAUUGGAGGAAACGUAAGAAAAACAAAAGACGAAGAUGUUUAAAGACAAAAAUCAAAACCACACAAAACUUAAUACACCUAGGCGUAAUACCUGCAAGAAAACCCACAAAUACUAUCAACAAUCAAUUAGAUGUAACUGAUGAAACUAGAAAAAAACCUUUAGUAACUAGCGAUGCGCAACUACAGCAAAAACAUGAAGAACAAAAAAGCAUUUUUCAAGCGAAGAAGAACAAAUUAGAUUACUAACAAAAAAGGAGAGGAAACGAAGCAAAUAUCUGCUGCUGGCGCGCAAGUUUCUACUUGCCCGUACUAUAUUGCAUAUGGAAAAAAGGGACGGGACGGUAUUAUUUUUUAACUAUAAUGCUCGUAAUAAACCGUUCGGUGGUCUGGUUUUGGUAAACAACAACAACAAAAGUUUAAUGUUUCCUUUUUAGCCAGACAGUAUGCAGUAUAAGGCCAGAAAUAUAAACCUCCUUGUCGUCAGACAGCAAGGAAACCAUGGCAGUCGUAUCCAAAUCGACAAAAGUGGCAUGGAAGUGUGUGACGGAAAGCAAAAAAAAGUAUGAGCUAAUGAUUCUGCAAAAUAAAUAAGCAAAAGAAAAAAACAGAAUGCCACAGUUUAAAGGGAAAGUAGAAAUGAAAUAUUAAAUUAUAAUGUUAAUUAGAUACCAAAAAACCUAGCGAAGCAGUAAAUAAAACCAAGAAAAGAGAAGGAAAGAGCGAGAGCGAGAAGAAGAGAAGAAGAGUUAAGAAAAUAAAAGAAUUAAAUUAAUGAAAAAAAAACCGAAAACAUAUCAUAUCUUGUAAUGCUGUUGCAAUCUAAUGAUAAAAGUCGACUAGUUUUAAGGUGCGCAAAAGGGAGGGAGGGUAGACGUACAUGGGACACAGAACGUUGUGUGGCGUUAACGUUCGGUCACAAAUUGCAUGGCUGGAGUAGUUCGAAAACUGAAGAACACAGUUCAACCAAAACCAACCACAAAAAAAUGGAAAGCUAAAGAAAAACAUCCCAGUGAGGUUAAGUUUUAAAAAUCGUACAAAACAUUUGCUGAAACAUUUUUCCAUUCGUAUUCCGUAACAAAAGAAAAAUCCAAAACAAAAAAAAACUGCGCAGUAAACAGUAAAAGUACGAUUAACAGGCUAACGAAGUAAGACAGCAUAGAGCACAAAACAAUUACGAAACAAACUCCAACACUAAACCUCAUUUUACACCUACACGGAGGGACUUCAAAAUUCCGAUUGCUGUUAACUGUUAUUAUUGCAAAAUCAAUUCCUUAAAGCCAACUGCAAACCAACUGCUAAUGGUGGGCCAAAUGGAAACGGAAAACAAAAACGUACACACAAACACGAUAAUCAAUCACACCAUGUAACACCACGUGCAAGUGCAAACAAAAAAAAACCCGAUAGGCGAAAGAGCGGAACACCCGGAUGGUGUGAAGUGUAGUGGAAAUAGUAGAAAAUAAAAUGGAAAAUGUGACACCUACAAAUGGAGAGAGAGAGAAAGAGCGUGGGAGUCAUCAACGGAGGCAACAAUCGUGCCCGAACGAGUGUCAAGCUAAUCAAACUAUUUCAAAUUCCGUGUGUGCUUUUUCGUUCGGCGCUUUGCGACAUUUAGAUGUACGAUUUUCUUUGCCAAUAUUGCACCACAUUUUCUGUCACGGACGGUUGUACAAUGGAUGAGAUGUGCCAGGCGCAAGGAAGCGAUAGGUGCGAUACUAGUGGCAAGGUUUAAAAGUACAUCCACGGCAACAUAAGACCCAAUCCCUCAGCCACUGCUAGCGGUGUUGCUUUUCUCAUUGCGUGUUGCUAUUGCAGGCCUGUAUAGCACGCCACAUUGAUGUGAAAAACAAUAAUAACGGCACCGUUAUCGCUGUUCAAUUAUGUAGUCUUAUAUAAAUAUAUACAUACAUACAGUAGUAUAUAUAUACAAACAUGUAAGCAUACUAUGGUUGGGCAAAUGUCGCGACGCUGUGAGCGAUCGAAGCAGCAAACCAAGCAGCAGCAACGCCACAAGCAACAAUUAUUGUAGAAAGUAACAGAACAAACAAAACAACAACUAAACAACAAAAAAAACAAAGAAACAAACGCUCUUAACGCGCAUUAUUGUGAUGAUUUCCUUGAAAGGUAACUGUUAGAAACAGUUGUUUCAACAAAACUAGACAUACAACAAGGUCGACAAGUAAAAAAAAGGUAUUUAAAAAAGGAAGAAAAAAUACCAUUGCACGUACGCAUUUUGCACAUGUACACAAAACCAAAAAAAAAACACACACUUUUCCCUCGUGCACAUCAUGAAGAUAUUGGGUGUUGGCCAUCGCAUGCCACAGCCACAGAGCCACCGGGGAAAACAAUGGUGUCUAUUCCUUUCGCACACAACGCUCAUCGUGAUCGUGAUCAUCUCUCUAGUUCAAGUCGUACGUCGAUGCAUCGCGUAGGUAUCGUGUCCUUCUCGCGUAAAUAAUCGUAGUCCCAACCCAAGUGAAACAAGGGCCACUCCCAGAUUUAUCCACUUCAUUUAAAAUCCCAGUUGGUAUGUUUUUUUGAGUGCGAGCAAACUUUCACUCAUGCACGCGUUUAGUUUUUUUCUCCGAAAUUAUAUUUUGUAUUACGCUUUCUGUAAAAUCGGUUGUAACAACCGCAUCCGAGCCUUCACGUUCAACACACUGAGCGGCUGAAGUGUUUUGUUGGAAGUUGUUAAAUAGUGUAAUGCCAAUAUUAAUGAUUUCGUUACCAUAAACAAAGAGAUUCAUAUUUCGACAAGCUAUUGAGUUUUGCGAAUUGCCACAAAACACUCGUUUCCGAUGCACGAUGGGUCACAUCCUCCCAGGCCAAUGAUUCACGUUGAAAAUGGACCAAUUUUCAAAUGAGAAAAAAAGUAUUAUAAAGAUAAACAUUAAUAGACAAGUACGUUAAAUGGGCAAAUAGUGCACACACCUGCUGAUCAAACAUGCAGCACACUAUACUAAUGCAAGCAAGUGUGAAAUAUAUAGCAAACAUACACAAAAUACUCCAGUAUGUGAGUCAAACAUAGAACAAACCGAAACCUUAAACUAAAACAAAAAAAGGACAUCCACGAAAUGCUUCAUGCCAGUGGGUUUAGACAGUAUAAGUGAGAUCGUAUGUGGUUCGAAUAAUGGUAAAGAUUGUUCCCAAAGUUAUGGAUAAAUCAUAUUCUUUCCGAUACUUUUAUAACUUCAUUGUGGUGUUUGGCGCUGAUCGUAAUGAUGAUGUGUUAAAACGAUCCUUGUGUAUUAACACCCUCCAUCCGGUGCGUACCAUUCGGAGUGAUUGAUGUGUUUGGAGUUUACUUACCUAAAACAAAAGAAAUCAGAUAGAAAUUUUAGCGUUUAAUAUAAAACGUGAAAGAAAACUUCAUGCAAAAACAUACCCAUGACAGACAAAACAGGGAGUUUGUAUUCUUCUUGUUGGACUACCGGUUCUUUCGUAUGUUACUACCAUUUCGCACUUUGCUGUUAGCAGCAAAACACGCGCACUACUGGUUUCACUCAUCAUGUAUGGAUUCAUGAUUCUUUCUAUGCACUUAUUACACUACAAUUGAUUCACUUCAAUGCGACCAUGCGCAAACAAUUCCCCGAGCAUACAUAGCUACAAACAGCUCAACUGCAUGAGGUGCGCGCCAUUUUGGAUGUUUGUAUACUUCUUGUAGGAGUACUGGUUCUUUCGGGUGUUGGUUGCUACCAGUUUUUAGCAUCAAAACACGCGCAAUACUAGUUUUACGCAUCGUUUAUCUGUUAAUUGUCCUUUAUAUGCACUUAUUUCACUGCAAUUGAUUCACUAUAAUGCGAUUAUUCGCAAAUAAAAGCCCGAGCAAACAUAACUACAAGCAACUCAGCUACAUGCGGUGCAUGUCAUUUUGACAAACGUCAUAUGUCAAACGUUUGUUUACUAAAUAAAAAAAAUUGUCAGUGUGAUCUGUUGUUUGCGUCCUGGGCUGGGAUCGUUUCGUAAAAUAUCUUUCCCUCUCAUGAAAAAGUGCAGUUUUCAAUUCAAGUUUAUGAAAUCUUCCUCGAACGCGAUAAAUCAUCCCUAAUACUGGCAGAAGUGUUUCGUCCGGACGAAGAAAAACAAAGCAACAUACACAACAACCGAACCAUCACGGAGCUGGUUCCGCUAUUCCGGGCAAAGUUAGGUGAAGGUCGACAAAUAUUGCGAAGAUGAGAGGUAAAAAGUAAUGUUCAUAAUACAUAUCAUUUAAGCUUAGAGUUUAUGACCGUUUUAUGAAAUGUAUAUUUUUUAUUAUCAAAACCCACAUUGGUGGCACUGUGUCAAGAUAUUGGAUGGUGACGAAGGAAAGUAAUUCUAACAGCAACUUCUGAACAGCACGCAAAAGUAGUAACUACUAUAAAUGGUAUAGUUGUAAGGAAUGUAGGAACGGUAGCAAAGCAAGGAUGAAUGCGCUGACAACACUAGUACAGCGCCAUUCAGCGCAUCAGCAAAGAAGGUUAUCCCACCUAACCUUCAGCCCCUAGCUUAGUGGUGUCCGUUAGUAAUACAUAUAGUGCAUUCCAAGUACCAUUUAUUUGAUGCAUUGUUUCGUCUGCUAGUUCGUACGUGAAUAAAUAGUGCAAGAAAAAAGUCGAUCAAUCGGUGUGCGAGGAAUGUCCCAGUCCAGGGGUUACCGUUAAGAACGGGGUUGCUGAAAUGCUGAACACGUUAAAGUUGUCACAUUAAAAUUGAGCGUGCCACAGUUCGAGGUUAGCGAGUUUAAGACACUCGUGCUCACACGCGUGCGCAUAUGAAUGACCAAAGGAGAGGAUGCAAUAGGUUUUAUCAAUCAUUAGGAAUCGAAGAUAUCAAAAGAAAAAAAAGGCAGCAUUGCACACUAGGUACGGGUUGGAGGAUUCAGUCAGUAUGUUCAAAUUUGCAUUAGUGAAUAGUAGUAUUAUCUAAACAUAUACAUAUUAAAUUUCGCAUACUAAAAACAGCUUACAUUCCAUUGGUUAAGCUCAACGAAUGUAAGGAGAAUCUUGAUUAGACGUAAACCCGUACGCCAGUUACUUGUUGCUCCCAAUGUUGGUCUGCUUCAAGGUACUGCACAAUAAGUGUAGCUUAUUUCUACCAUUACACUACUAAGCACGUUGCUAAUUUUUAGCUUGUACCAGAGCGUUGGAAGGCGAUAAUGCGCUAUUACAAAACCCAUCGUUACGUUUCUUUCCAUUGUUUCCGGUAAGCUAAAUGGCACCAAUCUACACCAAAAAAAUAAAACACCCCGCAUAGGUGCACACUUAUUGCUUUUCACGUUAUUCUUCCAAACGAAACCCCAAACAAAUCAAUCGCUAUGUACGUAGUUGUGUUUGAAGUUAGAUGCAGAGUAAACCUCGUAACUAAGUAGUAGGCCUAAUGACAUACGAUAAGAAAACCCAUCCCCGUGCGGUGCUGUGCGAUAUUCAGCAAAAUAUAUUUAGCAAAACAAAACCAAACAAAAAAAAAAGGAUUCGGACCGGCGGGAAGAACCGUUCCUUCGUGUUAUGAUACGAAACAAUCACACUCUUCGUAGUAGUAUCCCUUCCCCAGAUCAGAGCAGUAGCAAUUAAUCAUUCACUAGACAAAGCGGCGCAGAUAAAGAGCGCUAAUCUUAUAGUAAUCUCUUACCAAUGCAGCCUACAUUUGUAUCGGGGCGGGGGCAGUGGGGCCGUUUUAGCUGACUAAUGUUUAGGUCCUUAACAUUUAAGCUUCAAUUAGCGGUACAUUAUAGUGUAGUAAGCGGGAGAGAGGUGAGGUGAAUGGAUUAGGCGAUCUUCAUUCGCAAAAAAAACCCAAACAAAAAAAAACAAGAAACAAAGUCAAACAAACAAACAAACAAAAACAACUAACUAAAUAUUGCAUUCCACAGAGCAAAGGCUGCGCUAUGGUAUCUGGCCUUCCGUAAGGCUAUGUGCACAAUGCAACACAAGAGAAUAGUACGGGCUACGAUUUUUUCCAAAUCAAAUAGUGACACAAAAUGCGUGACAAAUGCAGCACAACUCCGACAACCGUGAUCGUGCGCGGGCCGUGUCGGCACAAUGUAAAGCACCUAUUACCAGAAUAGAAGGCAAAUUACCACUACCAGUUAUCUCCACACGUGUUGCAUUCAUUUAUAUACUACCAAAAAAAUGUACUACUACCUUCGUCUUUUACCAUUUGAUUUGCUCCAAUGUAAACGAUGUAAACGAUGUAGCGAUGUCAAGUAACGAGUAAUCCUGCAACGAAUUCAACGUACAUGUUUCAUAAAUAGAAUCGCUUUUAAUAACUACAAGUGAGUAAACCGAACAAGUAAACCCAAAUAAGCAAAACAGAUAAAUAAAGUUUUGAUCCCAUAUGAUCUAUUUACAUUAAGUUGAGACUGUGAAAUAGGUUGGUUCUUGUAACAAAAUUUGAAAACACAUUCGCCUCACCACGUGCCACCAGGGGGUUAAAAAUGGUACGGAUUUGGGUUUUUUCUUACUCGUAUUGCCUACACCCAAAAAAUUAAAAAAAAAAACAAAAAUACUGAGCAACUGAAUCAGUCACCAAGGAAGUAUGCGGAGCGGCAUCUGUUCGAUGGGUAGUUUAAAUAAUCAGUACUAGAGCAAGUAGUAAUUGGCCAAUUAUAAAACGUUAAAGUGUGCAAUCAGCAACAGCAGCAGCAUUAACAAGAUGUAUCAAGUUAGCUCUAAUCAUGCGUGAAAGGAGAACGUUCGCGGGGUAAUGGAGUAAUGCUAAAAAAACAAUAAAAACUCAACUCGCUCAUGAGAUUUAUCCUUAGCAGAAUGCAGCCGUCGUGCUGGGGCACUGGAAAGGUGACCCACAGGACAAAAGAUGAACGUCACUAUAGCAUAUAUUUAAAUUUAUUAAUUCAUUAAUUGAAUCCUUCUAAGAAUAUUACUAAUGGAAAGAAAUUGGAACGACAGCAGCAACACAAAUUGCCCUUGCAUACAACGACAGGGGGUGGUGGUCUGGAAAAAAAAUUACACAAAGAAAAAUAAAAAAAGGAAAAACAAAAACACAUGAGAAUAAGGAUAAUAAAAGCAACAAAAUGAGGAAAAUAUAUGAGAUAUAUAAUGCUUUGUUAAAUGUAAAUGUUGUGUAUAGGAAAUAAAAAGUACACAAUUUUAAA